AUGGAGGUGACCUGGCUAGCCGACUCCCCACAAACCCGCUCUCGAAAGAGGGCGUUGAGAGCCUGCGACCUUUGCCAGCGGAAAAAGGUUCGCAUGCGUCGAAGACAGGCCGGACCCAGCCCCACCGCAACGCGACCCCAGCAUCCGUCUCGGGCUUCGACAACACCAGAUGCCAUUCUGCCGGCUCGUUUUGUUGGCGAGAUGAAUCCGGAGGCUGUGAUCCGAGAAAGACUGGCAGGGGGUACCAAUUCUACCCCUCUACGCGACCGAGUGGGACUCUGGAUUCCUGCCUCUGGCGUUGAAAGUGGAGGGGAUCCAUCGAGGAAUGCUACCGAUGACAUGAGCAACCCAGCGCCAACGUAUCCCGCAGGGGAAGUGUAUCCGCCUCAUGUGUUGGACACUUUAAUUCGUCGACGGUUCGAGUCUGCAAUGAAGGCCUGUAGGCCACUGCCUUCAUCCACCCGCCUUCCACUCUUCGGCAUCUAUUUUUCCCAGGUCAACCACAUCCUGCCCAUCGUCGAUCCACGCAUAGCUAUCUCCUCCCCCUUCCUGGAGCGAGCAAUCUGUCUAAUUGCAGCCAAGGCAAGAGCUGCUGCUCCGCAUCUUUACUUGACCGAGAAUGCCGCCGUGGUGUCGCCUCGAGUGUUCUGUACGGAAGUCUACCAAGGACUCGAAGAUGCGCUGACCGAAGGGCUCGAGCAGGAUCGUGUGACCAGGAUUCGAGUGCUCGCAUUGAUGGCCUUGCACUGUGAGAACUCCGAAGGAUCGGAAAUUGCGUCGAUGCAUCUCUCGCAGGCCAUUCAUCAAGCACAAACCGUGGGCAUGCACCUCAAGCGACCGGGUGAUGCCGACUUUGUACAUCUCAAGCUUUUCUGGAGUCUAUGGACCCUGGACAAGCUUCUUGCAUCGAUGUUUGGUCGCCCGGCCCUGAUCAACGACCAUGAUAUUAGUAUAGAGAGGCCGUGCAGCGCAAUGAAUGCCCCCCAAACCCCUACAACCGCCUUUGACGUCUGGUUCAGGAUCUCGGAACUCUUGUCCGAGGCUAUCUUAUUCUACCGACCCGGAACCAACCACGAGCAAAGGGCAGAGAAACCAUUUCCCAGCUUUGAGGAAAUAGUGGGCCCUUUCGGCGAGGAACUUGGCUUUGCCUCCUUGGAACUUUUGGAGCUCUAUUACCAAGCAGUCGCAAUUGUCUUUCACCGAACGAUGGAUAACGCGACCUCCGAAUCGCACAACUUUGCACGCAACCAACGAGGUCUCGCAGCCAUUCGCGUUCAAUCCAUCGUGGCGCGAGAGUGUUCCGAGGACUUGCCUCCUUUGCCGAUCGUAUCGUAUGCAGUCGGAUUGUCCAUGAGCGUGUCCUAUCGCCAAUACCGGUCCAGCAAUCUUAUCACCCAUCGAAAACGAGCUGCAACCGACAUCGACGCGUGUUGUUCACUUCUUGAGGGCUUGAGUGUCUCGUGGUACUCUGCCGAAGCGAUGGCCCGGUUGGGCCGCAAAGCUCUCCAGCAAAUCCACGAGAGUGAUCCAGGCUUGUACGGGGAUGAACUCGAUGUGCAUGGGCCUGCCGUGCAGUCUCCACAAGCGACUCGGAAUAAGCGUACGCGAGCGGCUCCCGCCGCGACUGGAGACGAAGAAAGUAUGUCAAUGAACGUGACUUAUGCGCCCGUGGCACAAGAACCCGUUGUAUACUAUACCGGAGACCACGAUUGGGCGAUAGGUGACAUGACCGACCUAGAUCUUGCCUUCGAUGACUUCUUAGAUCUGUCUUUGCCGACCAAUUUCUAA